UCAAAUCUCAGUUACACACUUCUCUUCUUUCUUUUCCUCUCUCCAAACACAACCGAAUAAGUCGGAAAAUCAACGGUGGAUGGAUGAGAAUGAGAUCGCCGCCGCGAGGAGAGAAGCUUCUUCUUGGAACUUCCCUUUUAACGAUAUUAACAUUCAGCUUCAUCGUCGCUGCAACACAAGUCAUGAAUUUGAUAUCUUGAAGAGUCCUUUUGGAGUUAACGAAGAAGAGAGUAAUAAUCAUAACCCUAACUAUAGUAACAGCGAGAGCGGUAAGAAGGAGACGACAGAUAGUGGGCAGUCUUGGUCUUCGUCGUCUUCAAAACCGUCGGUCUUGGGUAGAGGACACUGGAGACCAGCUGAAGAUGUUAAGCUCAAAGAGCUUGUCGCCAUUUACGGUCCACAAAACUGGAAUCUAAUAGCUGAAAAGCUUCAAGGAAGAUCCGGGAAGAGCUGUAGACUAAGGUGGUUUAACCAAUUGGACCCGAGGAUAAACCGAAGAGCUUUCACGGAGGAGGAAGAGGAGAGGCUAAUGCAAGCACAUAGGCUUUAUGUUAACAAAUGGGCAAUGAUUGCGAGGCUUUUUCCUGGUAGGACUGAUAAUUCCGUCAAGAACCAUUGGCAUGUUAUCAUGGCUCGUAAGUAUAGAGAACACUCCUCUGCUUACCGUAGGAGGAAGCUUAUAAUUAAUAAUCCACUUAAACCUCAUCUUCCUAAUCACCCUAGCCCUAAUUGCCCCUCUUUUAUCUCCACUAAGCAUUACUUUACUCGGCCUUUCCACGAGUUUAAUUUGACUCACCACCUGGUUAAUCAUGCGUCUAUGACGACUGACCAAAAUCAUCUUGUGUUGCCUUUCCAUUGUUUUCAAGGUUACGAGAGCACUGAGGCUCCAAUGGUCGUGGGUAUGUUUGGCAAUCAAAUGAUGAUCGAGGAUAAUGUUGGUGCCACGUCAGAAGCGUUAUAUAAUUUUCCGUACGUUGACUCUAUGAGCCAAGGGAAAGGAGUGCCAAAUGAAGCAAUGAAUUUGAUUGGAAUGGAAGAGGUAGAUGAGGAAGUGGCAAAAAAGGCAAAGCAGCAACCACACUUUUUUGAUUUUCUUGGCUUGGGGACGGCAUGAAUCUUGACCUAAGUGUAGUUAUAAUGAGUCAAUAACUGUGAUUAAUUUGGUUACAGAAAAGCAAGAAGUUAUCUCUACU